AUGGAUCAACGACGUGCGCCCCUAGCCGGCCCCGACCAGCACUACCAUCGUCCCUCGCUCCCAUCCGACCACUCAGUCCCUCCCUCGAACCAACAGAUCUAUCCUCCACCGAGACCACAUAGUCUGCCGAGUGUCCCUCCUCCUCCCCCACCACCGCACCAAUACCACGCUCAGCAGCCCCUGCCGACCGUGAUACACCCUGCACCGCACCCAGAGGGCCCGGAUAGGGCUGAACAUCCAUAUACCGCUCCGCCUGCUGUCCACGGAACCCCCGUCAUUAAGACAGAUAUACCUCCUGCACCGCCUCAGUAUCCACGCCCUCCAAGUAACCCUCUGCAGUCGCAGCCUCAGUCUCAGCCAUCAGCGCAACAUCCUGGACCACCACCGCAUACUCGCCCACCCAUGGAACACCAUCCCACUGCUUAUGUGCAGCAUGCACCGCCUCCACAGGGUGAACAUGUCAACUACAUAGUUGGUCCCAUGCUGGACCCUUAUGGCCAACCUCCACCAGGAUACUAUCCACAGUAUAUGCCGCCCAUGCACAUGUCGAAUCCAAAUUCGCGCAAGAAGAGUAUGCGUGCUAGUCAGGCCUGCGACAGAUGUCGUGAGCGUAAGUCCAAAUGCGACGAGAAUCGUCCCUGUGCAACAUGCAAGGAGCAAGAUUUGCUGUGUAUUUACAAGGAUGCACAUCCCACGAAAGCCGACAAGAACAAUCAGGCUCUUUCCGAGAUGGUAGCCGAAGUCUUAACGUCCCUCAAAUCCAUCAGUGACCGUCUCGGUGUUGUCGAGAAACAUCUUGCCAUUCAACCUUCAGCACACGCUCGUGUUGAUACGCCAAAUCCACCCAACCAGAAUGCAGAUGCUAUGGCUGUAGAGAACAACAAUGCCGAGGAAUUGACAGACAUCCAACCGCAGACGUGGGAGAUUGGCGACCAUACCACGGCAGCUCACAAGUUAUUGCUCCGUUGGCCUUCCAUUCAACCUUUCGUGCGGACUAGCAAAUGCAACGUCAGCGAAAAUUAUGUCAUGAAAGGCGAAGAUCGUGGCAUAUUGCGUCUGUAUGGUGCCGGCGAGCGUGUCAAAGACGAGCUAGUAAAUAUCGGCGCCGAAAGUCCUGCAGGCAGUUCAAAUGGAGACGACCUCAUUGCUUCAACGCCUGAGAAUGAUUCUCGAAGGUCUGAGCCAUUCACUCCUGGCUCACCUGCCAUGUCCAUGGACAUCGACACUAUUGACCAUCUAUUCAAUUCCUACAAGAAGAACAUCCACCGCCUGCAUCCAUUUGUGGAUGUCGAGAGUCUAGGAAUAUACCUCCGAGAUACGUUCAAGCCGACGCAUUGCGUCGAACCCAAGAAUCACCACUCGCCAUUAUUCGUCACCAAUGGAUCCGGUGAGCGUGAAACCAAGCGGAGAAAACGUAACGACAAGUUUGCCACUGGCCUUCUGCCAGGAGGCGAACCUACGAGCAAUGCUGCAUCGCCACAAUUCAGACGCGCACCAGAAAGGAACCUUACCAAUGCAAUCGUGUAUCUAGUCCUUGCCUUGGGCAAGAUUUGCGAGGCUCCGGACCCCCUUCCCGGCUCAGUACAAGAAGUUGUUCCGACGAGUAGGGCUAACCUCGUCUACACAACAAUGGCAUCGCCUCAUACCCAGCCAGCUUUCUCGUCUCCGAGACAAUUCAUAAGUAAUGUGGCCAACUCUUCUGCUGGAAUCUCCCGCGCUCGCUCCUGGGACGGCACUGGAAGUCAGCCGGUGGAUAAGAGACCAGCCCAGAACCAUGAAAAGAUAGCUGGGUUCGUUUAUUAUCGCGAAGCUGCCUCCAUUCUUGGGGACUUCACAGACUCAAACGAGCUCGCGGCUGCCCAAGCACGUCUACUAGCUGGUCUUUACAAGGGUCAACUCGCCAGAGUUCAGGAGAGUUGGAGCUGGAUCAGUACGGCAGCACGGACUUGCCUUUACCGCAUGAAAAUUGACAUCCUCGCCGAAUGGGACUAUCCUCGCAGUGGACUCCAUCUGCUCGAGGGGUCAGUCACUUAUCCGUUACCAACCAUGACACAAGCGGAGACAUGGACCCCGGAGGAGCAGCAGGAGAGGUACAUCAUAACUUUAUAUUAUUCGGCUCAACUGUAUCUGCGUACAAAGCUGAACAGAAUCCAUACAGAUCUGUAUGGAGGAAGCUGUAUGUUCCUGCUCCACUCCAUUCACGAAAUGAAGCUGACAGAAUGCNNAGUAUCUUCGGAAGAUCCUCAAAGGCUUGCGGAGCUUCUCUGGCAGCAGACAGAUGACUUGAAAGGCUGGCAAGAACUUGUGGAUGAGUACACUUGGUCGGACGAUGAUCCCCUUGCUUCGGACAUUGUCGCUGCUCGAUUGAGAGGCAAGUAUUACGGUGCCCGAUACGUUUGUACUCGACCCUAUCUCGAUUAUGCUCUGCAUGUAAUGUACGAACUUGGAAGUGGCAAAACCCUUGAAGAGCUGACAAAGGAUGCCAACGGUCGCGAUCGGAAAACCGAGCUUGCAUUGUUCACCGCUAUCUCGAGGUACAACGACGAGGAGAUGGUCAAGUCCAAGUGCCGCAUCUGUAUUGAUGCUGCUAUGCGCAGUACUGUAGCUUUUGAUGGUGUAGAAAACUUCGAGCACCGCUUGAUUGUCACCAAUAUUAUGGGAACCGCGCAUGCGUAA